AUGGAGGCAAAGGAGAUGACCGAGGCUAUAAAGCUCAAGAAGCGCCUGGACCUGUGCAAGCAGGCCAAGACGAUCAUGCAACAAGGCGUGCAUAAAGUCAACCUGCGAGACUUGACCCUGGCGCUGAAGCUGUUCCAGGACAACAGCGUGGAUGCACCCCUGAGCUUCAAGCUUUCCGUGACACACAGGAUGUGUGUGGAAGGAUUCCACGGCCUGGUGACGAAUCCAGAGAGGGCCCGGGAAAUCUUGCACGAGUACACGAAUGUUCUCGCCAAAAUGGAGAUUUGGCGCUUGGACCAGGAUGCUUUUUUCUUGACGAGCCCUUCCUAUGGUGCUUUGAUGGCGAGCAUCCUGGACAAUGUCUUGGAGGACACUGCGGAGGACCCCGAGUCGUUGAAUUUCGACCAUGUGGACACCCCGAAGCCAAGUGGGGACACGAAGCAUGCGGUGGCGGCAUCCUACCUCUCAACCUGGGGCUGCGAUGCAUUCUUCAAGAUCGUUCGCAAGGGCUCGGACAAGAAUCCCGGGCUCUUGCACUUGUGCACAGCCUUCGACGCUGCCAUAUGUGAGGCCGAGCAUGCAGGAUCCUUGAAGCAGUUGCCGAAGCCCGUGUCAAAGGCAGUGUCCUGUGUUCGCCGCGCGCUUUGUGCGGCAUGGGUGCUGUUGGACUCUUCUGGCGACUGGCCCAUGGAGUCACUGGACUAUGUGAUCCAGCUCGGCAACCGUGCGGAUUCCGCUGUGGCCCUGGAGUCCAACCUGGGCAUCAUCCUCCGCGAGCACGACUUGUGGGCCGCGGCUUACCAAGAGUUUGUGCGCACAGCCGUGAACACCAAGGAGAUGUUGCCCCAAAUCCGUGCUGCUGUUGAGCAGAUGACACGAUCUAACGAGGAGGAUUGCUUGGACCAGAACUUCUUGGAGGCUGUGCAGCUUGUGCAGCUGGGUCGUUCCAAGCUCCGGGCGGGCACUACGGAGAAGUUGGAAGACGUGCUGCUCCCGAGAACAUUGAAGAUCGUUGAGAAGCUGUGCAGCUCGGAUGCCCGGAGUGCGGGCGUGGGUCGCAAGAUGCUCGAAAGCUUGGAUCAUUUCAUGGCCUUGAUGUCGACGCGUGAAGGCGUUGCCAACGCCCGCCGUGACCUCCAGGAGUGGAGUGUCAGCAAGGCGUCCGAGAUGGGCAAGAAUGCUCUGAUCGAUUAUGCGGCCGAGAACGCCAGUGACGAGAGGGGCCGUGAGUCUGUCGACUUGCCGCACAUCGGCGACCUCAUUCUUCGAGCCCAGCAGGCGUCUUUGGACAUCGGCGACAGCGCCGAGAUCGGACGAGAGGAGCUCGCCUUGGGCAGCUUGCUUCGCAAUGUUUUCUUGCAUCUGUCCGAUCAGGAUCCGUGGGAGGGCAAGGGGAGUUGUGUUGCGGAGUGUGAGAAGAAAAGCUCGGGGGACGCAGAACACACAGUCCAGUAA